AUCGGAUCAAUUUGAGGCAGCGAAUCAGGUAGCAGGGCAAACAGAACUCAACCAAUCACAUAAGAGCCGGGUCUUCAGCAGGCAGCUAUAUAAAGCCCAAACUUCGACUUGCCACUUCAGUUGUCCUUUGAGCCUACAAACGUAAACAUGUUGACCAACAACGAGCUAAUGGAGCAGUUCUAUUUCCCCGACGAGUCCCCAGCGAUUCCCGAGUUCCUGGGCAACGAUACCUUCCAGCAGUUGGAGCAGCUAAUGUACCAGCAGGAGUUCAGCACCAGCGAUAGUCAAUCUGACGGAACCAACAGUUGCUCCUUGGAGAUGUUCUACGAUACUCCGGCGGUCCUGGAAUUGGAGCACAUGUUGAGUGCCCAGGAGCAGCAGCAGCAGCAUCAGUCGAAUCCCUUGGGCAAGAGUCAAGGCAGGAGUUCGAAAUACUGGAACAAACAGCAGAGAAGCAAACCUUACGACAAGCUGUCCACCUCCAUGUCAUCAUCCACAUCCUCCGCCUCAUCGACUGGUUCAUCAUCUGUUGGAUUCGGUGGCGAGGUCCUAAAAAAGCGGCGAUUGGCGGCCAAUGCCCGCGAACGGAGGCGGAUGAACAGCCUGAACGACGCCUUCGACAAGCUGAGGGAUGUGGUUCCAUCUCUGGGUCACGACCGGCGACUCUCCAAAUACGAAACUCUGCAAAUGGCGCAGGCAUACAUCGGCGAUCUGGUCACGUUGCUCUCCAGGGACUACUAGCCAAUCGGACGAUCCUUCAUCCUUCCUUCAAACGGAAGUCCCAUUGCGGGCUGUGUUGCAGCAACACCUUCGACCUAGUGGAAUACUUAUAAAGGCUGUUAGUUUAUAGUUUAUUAUCAUAGUUGUAAAUAAUUGUAAGCAAUAAAUGCCGAAUAAA